AGACCACUCCUCCCGGCGCCGGGCUCAGCCCGCCUUCGCCUUCCCUCUCCCGGCGGAACCCCCACCUCUCCUCGCCCGAAGAAACCCGAAGGUCUUCGGCAAGUUCCGUCCCCAGCGCGGGGGCGGGGCCGCUCGAGCUGCUCCGGGCCGAGCUCGGCUGUUUCCGUGCGCGGCCGCUGCGCACUCGGCACUGGGCGGCGCUGGCUGGCUCCCUGGCUGCGGCUCCUCAGUCGGCGGCGGCUGCUGCUGCCUGUGGCCCGGGCGGCUGGGAGAAGCGGAGUGUUGGUGAGUGACGCGGCGGAGGUGUAGUUUGACGCGGUGUGUUACGUGGGGGAGAGAAUAAAACUCCAGCGAGAUCCGGGCCGCGAACGAAAGCAGUGACGGAGGAGCUUGUACCACCGGUAACUAAAUGACCAUGGAAUCUGGAGCCGAGAACCAGCAGAGUGGAGAUGCAGCUGUAACAGAAGCUGAAAACCAACAAAUGACAGUUCAAGCCCAGCCACAGAUUGCCACAUUAGCCCAGGUAUCUAUGCCAGCAGCUCAUGCAACAUCAUCUGCUCCCACCGUAACUCUAGUACAGCUGCCCAAUGGGCAGACAGUUCAAGUCCAUGGAGUCAUUCAGGCGGCCCAGCCAUCAGUUAUUCAGUCUCCACAAGUUCAAACAGUUCAGAUUUCAACUAUUGCAGAAAGUGAAGAUUCACAGGAGUCAGUGGAUAGUGUAACUGAUUCCCAAAAGCGAAGGGAAAUUCUUUCAAGGAGGCCUUCCUACAGGAAAAUUUUGAAUGACUUAUCUUCUGAUGCACCAGGAGUGCCAAGGAUUGAAGAAGAGAAGUCUGAAGAGGAGACUUCAGCACCUGCCAUCACCACUGUAACGGUGCCAACUCCAAUUUACCAAACUAGCAGUGGACAGUAUAUUGCCAUUACCCAGGGAGGAGCAAUACAACUGGCUAACAAUGGUACCGAUGGGGUACAGGGCCUGCAAACAUUAACCAUGACCAAUGCAGCUGCCACUCAGCCGGGUACUACCAUUCUGCAGUAUGCACAGACCACUGAUGGACAGCAGAUCUUAGUGCCCAGCAACCAAGUUGUUGUUCAAGCUGCCUCUGGAGAUGUACAAACAUACCAGAUUCGCACAGCACCCACUAGCACUAUUGCCCCUGGAGUUGUUAUGGCAUCCUCCCCAGCACUUCCUACACAGCCUGCUGAAGAAGCAGCACGAAAGAGAGAGGUUCGUCUAAUGAAGAACAGGGAAGCAGCUCGAGAGUGUCGUAGAAAGAAGAAAGAAUAUGUGAAAUGUUUAGAAAACAGAGUGGCAGUGCUUGAAAAUCAAAACAAGACAUUGAUUGAGGAGCUAAAAGCACUUAAGGACCUUUACUGCCACAAAUCAGAUUAAUUUGGGAUUUAAAUUUUCACCUAUUAAGGUGGAAAAUGGACUGGCUUGGCCACAACCUGAAAGACAAAAUAAACAUUUUAUUUUCUAAACAUUUCUUUUUUUCUAUGCGCAAAACUGCCUGAAAGCAACUACAGAAUUUCAUUCAUUUGUGCUUUUGCAUUAAACUGUGAAUGUUCCAACACCUGCCUCCACUUCUCCCCUCAAGAAAUUUUCAACACCAGGAAUCAUGAAGAGACUUCUGCUUUUCAACCCCCACCCUCCUCAAGAAGUAAUAAUUUGUUUACUUGUAAAUUGAUGGGAGAAAUCAGGAAAAGAAAAUCUUUUUAAAAAUGAUUUCAAGGUUUGUGCUGAGCUCCUUGAUUGCCUUAGGGACAGAAUUACCCCAGCCUGUUGAGCUGAAGUAAUGUGUGGGCCGCAUGCAUAAAGUAAGUAAGGUGCAAUGAAGAAGUGUUGAUUGCCAAAUUGACAUGUUUUCACAUUCUCAUUGUGAAUUAUGUAAAAUUGUUAAGAGACAUACCCUCUAAAAAAGAACUUUAGUAUGGUAUUGAAGGAAUUAGAAAUGAAUUUGGAGUGCUUUCUAUGUAUGUUCUCUUCUUCAAUACUGAACAUUUGUCCUUGGUUCUUAAAAGCAUUCUGUACUAAUACAGCUCUUCCAUAGGGCAGUUGUUGCUUCUUAAUUCAGUUCUGUAUGUGUUCAGCAUUUUUGAAUACAUUAAAAGAAGUAACCAACUGAACAAAAAAGCAUGGUAUUUGAAUUUUAAAUUAAAGCAAAGUAAAUAAAAGUACAAAGCAUAUUUUAGUUAGUACUAAAUUCUUAGUAAAAUGCUGAUCAGUAAACCAGUCCCUUGAGUUAUAUAACAAGAUUUUUAAAUAAAUGUUAUUGUCCUCACCUUCAAAAAUAUUUAUAUUGUCACUCAUUUACGUAAAAAGAUAUUUCCAAUUUACUGUUGCCCAUUGCACUUACAUUAUACUACCACCAAGAAAGCCUUCAAGAUGUCAAAUAAAGCAAAGUGAUAUAUAUUUGUUUAUGAAAUGUUACAUGUAGAAAAAUACUGAUUUUAAAUCUUUUCCAUAUUAACAAUUUAACAGAGAAUCUCUAGUGAAUUUUUUAAAUGAAAGAAGUUGUAAGGAUAUAAAAAGUACGGUGUUAGAUGUGCACAAGGAAAGUUAUUUUCAGACAUAUUUGAAUGACUGCUGUACUGCAAUAUUUGGAUUGUCAUUCUUACAAAACAUUUUUUUGUUCUCAUAAAGAGUAGUUAUUCUGCUUUAGCUUUCCAAUAUGCUGUAUAGCCUUUGUCAUUUUAUAAUUUUAAUUCCUGAUUAAAACAGCCUAUAUUUGUAUAUAUCAUACAUUGUUUUCAAUACCACUUUUAAUUAUUACUCAUUUUAUUCACUAAGCUCGAUAAAUCUAAGUUACUCUUAAAAAAAAAAAAAAAGACUAAGGUGGAUUUUAAAAAUUGAAAACUGCCAUAAUGUUAGAUUAUAAUUUCUCAUUUGGGGCCGGGCGCAGUGGCUCAUGCCUGUAAUCCCAGCACUUUGGGAGGCCAAGGUGGGUGGAUCACCUGAGGUCAAGAGUUCAAGACCAGCCUGGCCAACAUGGUGAAACCCCAUCUCUACUAAAAACACAAAAAUUAGCCGGGCGUGGUGGCGGGCGCCUGUAAUCCCAGCUACUCGGGAGGUUGAGGCAGCAGAAUUGCUUGAACCCAGGAGGCAGAGGUUGCAGUGAGCCGAGAUAGCACCAUUGCACUCCAGCCUGGGCGACAAGAGUGAGACUCCGUCUCAAAAAAUAAAAAUUAAAAAUGUCUCAUUUGGGAAGGAAAUUCCUUUUAAAAAAGUGUUGAGACACUUAGAAAACUAAUGUUUUAUAUUUAGUCAAGAGUUAUUUAAGAAAGUCAAGCUUGUUUAACAACAGAAUAUGAAGAUUUAAGUGUUAAUUGCUGGAUCCAUUUUAAAAAGUAAGAUUUUAAUUAACAUUUAUAAAUGGUAUAUUUUCGUUUGUAACAAACCAUUGUCUUUUUUCAAGGAUGAACAGAGUUUAUGAAGGAGCAUCAUUCUAAGAAUUGAGUGAUGUAGUCUUUAUGUUUGGACAGUUCACCAGAUUCUCAAGAAGGCUUUCAAACAACUAUAAAGUUUGAUGUUUGUCCUGCUGAGCUAAUGGGGAAAGUUAUAGCAUAAAAAUUGUGUAACAGCAUAGAUAAUGUCAUUUUUAAAAACUGGUUUAACAGAAAUCAAGCAAAGUCACAAAUAUGUUCACAAGUUGGAAUUAUUUAUUGAGUCAAAAUGUCGAAUUGAACAUUUUGAGUGUCGUGUUAUAAAUGAAAAAUUACCUAAUGUUUAGCAGUUUGUAUUCUCUAAAGCUUUUUUUCAAAAGUUCAGGCUUUCUACUUACUGGGAAGUUGGUGGUCCUCUUAGUCCCUGAUAAAUCAAGGCAAUCACAUUCAUGUGAGCUGGAUGAAUUUAUAAGUUAUAAAGACCUUAUCCUUCAUACCUUGAGGAUGAUUGCACUGGUUUUGAAGUCAGUUACUUAAUGGUGAGGUGAGAAAUGUAUCCUGUUGCUAAAUCUGUCUUAGACCCUUGGUGAAACUUGAAGAUUUCAGUUUAUAAAGAUAAAAUCAAGCAUCUUUUGUGCAGUUUUCUUUUUUUAAUGCAAGAAUGGUGGGGAGGUUUGUUUGUAAGCAUGAAACUUUGAGAAUCUUUAUUAAGAAAAUGACAUAAUUUUUAAAAACCUUGUAGCCAAGAACAUAUGUGGCCACAUUACCAGUAAUAAAUGUUUUUCUCUUUAUAUUGGCCAAAAGGGAAUAAAAAUGUCAUCAUAGGAAUUUGUACAUAUGCUACUGAUUUGCCUAGAAAAUAGCAAGUUUGGUAUUGCUCACUUUGCAAAUAUAGGGCCAUGUGGCACUUUUAUCUAUAGGACAGAUUAACUCUAAUAAAAAUGAAGUGGGGAGGGGUUUAUUUUUGAUAUAUAUACUCUUAUGAGUUUUCAAGCUUUGAUAGUGUUUAACUGAAAAGUGGCUUAGAAAGGGCUAGAUCCAAUGUGUUCAUUAUUAAAUAAUUGCUAUCAGAUACAAUUUUAAGUUCAUUCUUUUUCAAACUCAAGUACCAUAUUGGCAACCAUAAUAUUGUCAUAGGUGCUCUCUUCAUUUAGAUAUUCUUGGGGGGGGGGGCAUUUGUAUAAUAUAUGUGUACAUAUAUAUAUAUAUACAUACAGUAUAUAAUCUAAAGCUCUGAGAGCUCUUAAGUCAGGAAUGCUGAGUAUUAUAGUAUAUUGAGGUCAGAUGAAAUUUUACAUUUUAGUGUGUUCUGUUGCAUCCCUUCUGGUAGUUUCUAUGACUGCAUUACUCCAGCACUCAUGAUUGAUUUUAUCUUCUUUCUUCCAAGUAUUUUAUUUUUUAUUAGUUUUCUUUGGCUUGAUACUUUUAAAUAUGUUAGUAGUCACUUGAAAGCCUCUCCCCCAAAAGUAUUUGGUUUUUAUGCUUUGUCUGUGGCAGCUAUAACAGUGGUAAGAACAUUCUGAAGAUAGCUUUUUAAAGGAACCACUGAUUUUUUCAAAAAUCAUCCUGGGGGAGGAAUUUUGGCAUUUCAUUUGAGCAGGGAUUUUGUCAGAAAAUGUGUUUUGACGGUAAGUCAGCAGCAGUGCUAGCUAGUCUCUGAAAGCACAAUACCAGUCAGGCAGCCUAUCCCAUCAGAUGUCAUCUGGCUGAAGUUUAUCUCUGUCUCUCAGGACAAAUCCCUACUAUCUUUUUUACCUUUUGGGGUGACAUGUGGAAUCAUACAAAGGCUUAGGAAGAAAUACGUUUGUUUAAACCAGGAUGCUUUGCUUACUUGAAGUGACUUCAAUCUAGAUUUCUUUUCAUAUUUAACAAAUUUUUAAUUUUAUCAUCAGCCACAGUCAGCUAUUACCAUAAAUUGGUCUCUGUUUAUUUUGAAGAUCACGGCUGCUUCAUUUUGUAGGAUUAAAUAGGGCUAAUAUAUCUUAAAGUUAAGAUCUUGAAUUAAAGUGGGUUUUAGAAAUAGUGUUACAUACCUUUUCAGUUGUUUUCAAGAGGCUUUAUUUUUGUUGCCUUUGUAGCCCUGAAAGCUGUUGGUAUAUUUUUUCCCUCAUGGACCUAAUAGAAAAGUUGUAUAUUUAUUUGGAUUAUAUUUACAUCUGUCCUUUGUAAAUGUUUGGUGUAACUUGCACUUUUUAAAAUGACCCAGUUUGGGUAUUAGCAACUUAAAUUCCCUCAUCAAGUAAUUCUCAACUUUUUAGUCUUUCUCCUCUCUUCAAAUCAUGUGACUUUUUAAAUGGAAAUUUUUCAUUGAUUAAAAUAUUUUAGCACCUAAAAGCUAGCCUUAAAAACAGCUGUAAAAAGAAAACAUAAGGAAAUUAGAUAUGACUAGCCCAGUUAAUUAAAAGACGGGCUCAAACCUUGUCUUAUUUUUCAUCUUGGAUAAAGAUUGAAGGGAAAAUAACCCAAGUGUAUAAUAUUUAUUUUCAAUUUUUAAUGAGACUUUAUCCUCAUCACAUUAAUACUGUACAUAGUAUGCCAAAAUAUCCAUUAAUUUGUCUAGAAUAGUACAAGACUUUUUAAAGCAAUUGUCUUCACAGAGACCACAUGUAAUAAUCAUUAUACUGAAAUAUGUUCAUUUUUAAUGGCUUUGUUAACAUCAAAGAAAUGCUGCCUAAAUUUGACUGAUUUCAGAUGAGGAAGGAGAAAGUAAAGUGUGCAUAGUAAGCCUGCAGGUGAAGAGUUGUGAGAUAAAUAGUUCACUCAGUUGUACAAAGCACAACUAGAACUUUUUGUUGGGUGGCUUACAUACAUCUUGAAUAUUCUUAAUGUAAUAAUGUUGACUAUUAAGUUGGCUACACAGUCACUGUAUGUACUAGGAACUGGUUUCCUUGACAUUCUAGAAUCAAUGGCUAGGAGAGGCAUUAAUCUUUGAGGGGCUGAACAUAUCAUGAAGCUGAGUCAGUGUGGAAAAUUUUCAAAUAAACAGGGUGCUGAAGUUCCAUCUGUCUCAUCUGCUUAUGAUAAGUUCUUAUUGAUUAGUGAAUGUAGCUUAAGCCUUUGUAUGUGUCCUCAGGGGGCAGACCGACUUUAAGAGGGACCAGAUAACGUUUGAAUGGAGGGAUUAUAUUUCAGGUGUUUUAGCUUGAAAUUUAUUUUUUAAAAAAAGAAAAAUUUAAAAAAUAUAUAAAUAGAACAAAGCCGGUGAUGCAAGUUGAUAUUAUAAACAGGCAGUUUUAGCACAGAAAGAAAAUACUGACCUGUAUGCAUUCUGGUACGGUGGGUGCAGGUCCCAGCUGGGUAUGACAUGAUACAUUUUUAAUUAUUCUCACCAGCAAGUAAAAGGAAAAUGAACAAUCUUUUGGAAAUGUCUUUGAAAAGGAUCAAAGAGUAGGAAAUUCACAUUUAACCUAACAUUACUUGCCUAUAGAAGUAUGGCAUUUCCAAGCUUUUGUCUGAGGAGCAUCUCAGAGAAGUGAGAGUAAAUCUGAGAUAGUUUAAAAAUUGGUAGAGAAGGAAGAAAAUCUCUGCAAAUAAUGAUUUUAUGUUUGUUGGCCAAGUGAAAUGAUCUGUCAUUGUGUUUGGGAGGUUUUAUUUUCUUAUGUUUUUAAAAUUGAAUUGGUAAAUGCUUUAUAGAUGUAUUUUUAUCCAAGUGCCACUCCAAUUUGUGUAUGUAAUAAAAUUAUUUAUAUUAAAAGUGGGAAAUAAUUGUCAACAUUUUUUUUGAGUAUAGAUUUAUUAGGGGUGGCAAAGAAGAGUGCUAGUUAGCAGUUUUCCAUGUACAGUUGUCCUUGACUGAUUUGUCCACAUGUCAGUUGUAACUCCCCCACUCCCUGCAAAAGGAAUUAUUUCUAACCCAGAUGUAUCACUUGAAAAUUUUUAGAAGCAAAAUAAUCAGGGAAGUUCCUAGAAAGGUGUUUGGCUUUUUGGUUUUUGAGGUUUGGGGUAAAGAAGACUUCCCCCACAACUGUCAGCACAAAACAGGGUAUUGAUUUUUAACUCUGAUGUUUCUAUUGGAGUUGAAUACUAAAUAAAUAUGAGGGAAAUACAUUUCUAAUAAAAUUCCCUACAUUCUAGAAACAUCCCUGUUUUAAUUUUUUUACCUAAAUUUUUUGUGCUUUAUGUGUAAAGAAAAAAAUGUACUGAGUUACAAUGCAUUUUAUUAACACUAUGUACAUAAUAGCUGCUUUGUGUUCAGAAUGGUAGCAGUUGCUUUGUAUAUUAAAGUGAUCCUUGUGAAUCUGUGAAAUAUUGUCAUAAAGUGCUUUUUCUUACUGUAAUCUUUGUGGUAUCAACUGUCAUAAUGCUCUUUUACACAAACAUUUAUGUGCAGUCACAUAAACAUGCUUUUAAAAACUC